UCUACUGGAUAAACUCCCAAUCAAAAUGGACACUUUGGACUUUUCACUUCCCUCACCAGUGUUUGAGUCCUGGGAAAGAUUUUCUCCCUGUCUUUGCUUUCCCUAUGUUCUCUUUGUCCCAGCAGCAGCAACAGAUGAUCAACUCCAAUUUUCGCGAACCCUAAACCAAAAUGGCACUUUUCUUUGUUCUGUUUCUAUUAGCCUCUUCAUUGACUCAAGGGUAUGCUCAAUUUCAACUCAAAAACGAAGCUUUUAUAUCCCUGUUGAUUACCCAAAAUGGCCUUGACUUUAUGAAGGAGUUGCUGGUGAACAAGGCGAUUUCCUCACUGGCCUCACUUGGAUUGCCGAAUAUUGAAAAGACUGUGAAAAUCCCAGUAGUGGGUAGUGUCUACAUGGUGCUCUCUAACAUCUCAAGUUAUCAUAUUGAUGUUCCUUCCUCGCAUGUCAAGCCAGGGGAGACUGGAAUUUCCAUAAUAGCUUCUGGGGUUACUUGUAAUUUGAGCAUCAAUUGGUAUUACUCUUAUAGUACAUGGUUUGUGCCUGUUAAGACAUCUGACAGAGAUAGGGCAGAAGUUCAGGCAUGAAAUUGAUCCUUUAUUUUUUUUUUAUU